AUGACUUCACCGUACCCGCGACGCCCGCGGCAGCCCACGAGCCGCAAAAUCAAAAUCGAGAUCGUGUUGCCCUCGCGCCCGGCCGACUACGUGCCCAACUCCGGCCCGCCCCUUCGCCGGCUCGACCUCCUCCCGCCCGCCGACUCGACCGCGUACAUUGACGACCGAAUUCUGCUCCCACCCGCCGGUCUCGCCGCCGACGGCCGCCCCCUGCCCAAGCGUAUGAAGUACAUCGUCGGCUGGCGCGAUCUCCCCGCGGCGCGUCUCCUCGUGCCCGCCAUGGACGUCCUCGACUACGUCUCACCGUGCGCCCUCGAAGACUGGGAGUUCAAGAUGGAGCUGGAGCUCGACGUCGAGCGGGCGCGCCUCGAGGCCGAGCGCCAGGCCCUCAAGGCGCAAACGCUGCACCAGGGCCCCGCCUCGGAGCUGCCAAAGACGAAGCGGCCCGGACGGCCGCCGCUGCAUCAUACCAACAUUGAGACUGCCGUCGUCGCCGAGGCGGAAGAAGAGGAUAGGGAGCAUACAAGACACCGUGGCGGGGCCAUGAGCCUCUCCACGCCCAAGAAGCGCAAGAUGGACGACUUUCUCGACGGUUACACUAGCGACGAGAGCCCGUCCGAGCAGCUCCUGUUUGACUUUGCGCGCUCAAUGGACCAGAAAGAGGUGGAUCUUACCAAGGAGGAUACUAAAGGCGUUGGUGAAUUGCCGCGCGGACAUGUUGCGCCCAUGGUACCCAUGGCACCUACGGCUCCCAUAGGCCCUACCGCGCCGCGGGUCAUUGACGACCACGACCAAGCAUACCGCGGUGUCAAGAGCCAGUUCUUCAAGAACUCGAAAUCCACUACCAAAAUGACCCUAGCGCUGAUGUCGGCGCCGGCAGCGGCAAAGCCAAAGCCGGCGCGGUCGCAAUCUCCUGGCAUGUCUUUCCCACUUGGCAACCCCCCCCCAAGAGAACCAACAACCAAACCAUCGACGCAAGCCAAAUCACACUCGCCAAGCCCUAUAACCGACUUUCUGUCUGCUGCACGAAGCAAUAGCGGCACGUUACAGCCUCCGAAGACGCAGGCGUCGAGCAAGGCACCAUCCGAGUUGCCACUCGAUAAAGCCCAGCCCCGACAGCAGCCCAACACAAAGCAGGCGUCUGCCCUCGCGCGAAAGUACAGCGCUCAAUAA